AUGCCUUACUCCGUACAUAAAUGUACUUCGAGAGGUGACGGACACCAGCUACACCAUUUGCGCUUUGCUGAUGACAUCGUACUGGUAACACCUAGCAUCAGCCAAGCGGAACGAAUGCUGACCGAAUUCGACGAAAAAUGUGGAUGCAUCGGUCUUCAGCUGAAUCUGCAAAGGACGUUGUUCAUGAGUAACGGAUGGGUCUCGGAUGCCUCAUUCACGCUCAACGGAACGAACACAUCCGAGUGCACCAACUAUUUUUAUGUGGGUCGGGAAAUAAACGUUAAGAACGACCUGACCCCUGAGCUGGGCAGGAGGAAACGAGCGGCUUGGAGAGCGUUUAAGAGUAUCGAGGAUGCAGUGAAGAAGACUAGGAACAACAGGAGGAUCCGUGCUCGCCUCUUAAACAUCACAAUACUUCCUGAUUUGACUUAUGCUUCAGAAACCUGGGCACAUCGCAAACAGGAAGAAAAUGCGGUGAGCGCCAUUGAACGCGCAAUCGAAUGA